AUGGAGCUGGUCCUUGAUAGACUGGGCAAACCGGUGAAGAAGGGCUCAGGGUGGAUUUUUCAAUACUCAGAUUGUCCACAACAACUGGAUAUGGAUUCCAAACCAGCCUGGUUUGAUGAGAGCUUCCUACUACAGGAUGACCAAAACCCUGGUCCCACUUUACAGAUACUCCAUGCCAUUGACUCAGAUCUCCCUCAUGUGAGCACAGCAGAGUUUGCACACCCUAGUCCGGCUGUACAAACUCCACCUGGUGUCAACUCAGACCUCCAUCACCUGGGUGUACAGCAGUCUGAACUUGAGUCCAGUGUCUGCAUGGCAUGGAAAAAUAUAUAUACUGGUGCUGGCACACUUGUGGAUGUCACAUUUGGUGGGUUAGGAAAGGCUUGGCCACCCAGGCCUGUAACACUUGGGCCUGAGGCCCUACCAGAUAUAAUCUGGCAGGCCCUCAGCCCAUUUUGCACGGUCAGCAGACAAGAUCUAGUGGCUACAUGGACCCACUGGGAGCUGAAGGAUCUUGGCCUGGCAAAGGAAGCUUUGGAGUGCCUCCAGACCUUCCAUAGAAAGCUGUACAAGAGGAUGAAAGAUGAACAUGGAGUUGACUCACAUCCUCGCGACCAAAAUCCUGGGAGGCAACUCAGAUCUGGAAAACCCAGGUGGGGCAGUAGAAGGCUCAAAGCUGGGCCACAGACACCAUGCGAAGUAAGGCUGUGGACGAGUCAGCCGAGGGAGUGGCUGGAGGAGGCUACUCGGACGGGCGACCCCUACCCUGAGAACCGGGGGGGCACUAAAAAAACCAUGGUUGGUCAGCAAGAAAGAAAAAAAAAAGAGGGGUGGGGGGUGUGGCGGAGAGGGAAGUGGUGCACCAAGGCCCAGCCUGGGGUGGAUGGCCAAACCAGGCUGGGUGAGGAGGGGGCUUUGAGUGGGCUGAAGGCGGGGGGGCUCACCAAAAAAAAACAAGGUGCCAGCAAAAAAAAUCAACAGCUGCCAUGCUUGAUUGCUAACGCCCAUGCACAGGAGGCCUGCCUGCAGCAGCAUGCCUGCGUUGUCUCUGUGCCCGCAGGCGCUGUGAAGUCACCCACGGCCAGCAAAAAGAAUAGAGGCAUGCAGGAGGGGGGCCGGGUGGCAGAGGGGGAAGGAGAAAAAAAAAGAGUGGUGGGGAGGUGGUGCCUCAAGGCCCAGCCUGGGGCGGAUGGCCAAACCAGGCUGGGGGUGAAGUGGCAGAGGGGGAAGGAGAAAAAAAAAGAGGGGUGGGGUGGAGAGGGAAGUGGUGCCUCAAGGCCCAGCCUGGGGCGGACGGCCAAACCAGGCUGGGGGUGA